GUUGCGUCUGUCUUCCGAACUGUCAGAUUUAUUGCAUAGUGAAUAUGACGAUAUUCUUAAUUCUAAUGAAUUUUCUGAUACAGAAAUCUUGAUUGGAGAAGAGCCCGAUACAAAAGAUUCUCAAAAAUAG